AUGGCAGAGGUCAGGCGGACGCAACAAUCGUUGAGUCCGGAAGAACGGCGGCAAUCGACACGGAGGCACCGGGUGGGCGUCGGAACGAGUGAGGGUGGAGGCGGGAACAGCAGCGCGACGAAGUUUGGGAAAGGCGGAGGACCCCGGCCCUUGUCGAGGCGCUCGUUUCUCAUAUCCAACGAUUCGACGGGCGGGCCUCCAUCCCCGCCCCGAGAGGACUCCCCUCUGCUGGGCAGCAGGACUGAGAGGCCGCCGCGGUCCUCGUCGGCGGGGGAGCUCGCCCUCGCCGGCAGCGACAGUGACGACGACGAAGAACGAAAGGGAGGUAGGAAGAACACCACGGGCGAUUGGGCAGGCAUAGACGUGGAAAAUGUCAUCCAAGUUGCUGGUGGCAGCGACCUCGGCGAUAGCGACGCCGGCAGCAGGGAGACGACUGUUUCGGCUGCCCCCACCACCCUCAGCGCGGCAGACGAGGCAUUGCUGGGCACCUUCAUGGAAGUCUUAUCAGAGGGCGAGUUGGAUUUUCUUCUCACUGGACUCCCGAUAAAGAUCCACCGAACGUCCAAGCGGGCGAGGAAGACCACCCUUUGGCUCAAGGGCGCCGACACGCUGGUGUGGUCCUCGAAGCGCGCCAUCGGCUCGAAGCAGUGGCACAAGCAGAGCCUCGGAGGCGUGACUAGCGUGCAGGGUGGUUCUGACUCCCUGAUCAUCGGGUCCGGCGAGUCGGCCCCCGAGGACUCGUGCUUCUCCCUGUGCUUCCCGUCCGUCUCCAUGGGCUUCGAGGCGGCAAGCGAGCUGGAGCGAGACGCCCUCGUCCAAGGGUUUGCGAUGCUGGUGGAGAACAUCAAGGCCGCGGCGGACGAGCAAAAGUGCCGCGACACCGAGGCGGCGAUUUUCAGAGACGUGGCAUCCAUGGGUUCUUGAUCCGGAACGAAUGGUGACGUUUCGCACGAAAACAAUGAAUACGAGGAAAUGAGAAAAUAUUUGGCUGAAGAAGAGACACGUUGGCCCCGAGGGAAAAGAGCUUUAAGACCCGCAGACCCAGAGCCGUGAAAGCGAUUACACGAGCUCGUUGGUUAAGGAAAUUUCGUUUUUCGAAGGUGGGGUUUUCGCUUCCAGGUCUUUUCGUUCGGUUUGUACCCUGUUUCGUUGUUCUCGGAAGCUUGAUUUCUCCACGAGUUGAAUAAAUUUCGCCGGGUCAAUUUUUGUCUGUACAUGUACCUCAUUCGCGGUUGUUGCAGUGCCACCUACAAUGUGC